AUGGUUGACAACUUAACCUUGAGAACCUCUGUUAUCUGUGAACAGGUCAGAGAUGACAAGAGGAAGGAUAAAUAUAAAUUGCAUUGUAAUCCAAAACAGAAUGAAUCUAAAGAUGUAUUAACUUCUGUUACGGUCAGCACCUUUUCUUUUAGAAACAACUAAUUGACGACUUUAGUCAUGGCUAUACUUCAAGACAAUAAUAGAUUAUAGAUCCUUUUAAAGAUGGAGAUGGAUGAUAAUGAUGCUACCUCAGCGAUGGAGGUGGAGCAGACACUUCUGCAUCAGUUUAGUUGCCUGGGAACAACUGAUCGCGACGACUUGGUGAAUCAACUGCAGAGGCUUUUAGGCAAGGAUAUCAACUAUUCGACUGCAUCGUUUUUCUUGGACAUGAACAACUGGAACUUACAAGGCGCCAUCUGUUCGUAUCUGGACGCAGAAUCGCAGUGUCCGCUACCGCGCAUGACCCUGAUCAGCGAACCAGAGAGCAGCACCAGAAAGAUACUAGAACCCCACACCAAGUUCGAACAUGUUUGGACGAUAAGCAAUACUGGAUCAGAUAAAUGGCCGCCGGGUUGCUACGCCGAGCAGUGUCAACCGCCAGUUGGAUUGAAUCGCCCGGGAAGGAUACAGGUGCCUUGUUUGACGCCCGGUUCAAGUUAUCGUUUAGUGGUGGACUUUGUCGCCCCCGAAAAGUCCGCUAUUUAUCAGUCGAAGUGGAGGUUGUGCGUAUCAGACGGCACGUAUUUUGGGGAAACGAUGUGGGUGAUUGUCGAGGUGGAUGAGGAACGCACGUCCAGACUAGCUAAAGAACUGGAAGCGUUGAGGUCUUUGGGUAACAGGAUAGUUGACUCUUCGGACUGCCCGAAUCCCUUCGAUGUGAACAAUAAACAAGGACUGUGAUUUAGAAGUGAACAUUCUGUGAUCUGGAGAGGCAUAUUCUAGGCGAAGACAAACUUUUGUGAUGAAGUGAUGUACAAAUUUAUUUUCGUGAAAGAUAAUUGUUAGGUUUCAAAAAUUCUUAUUAAACUUUGAUAUUGGAAUUUUUUUUGGGAAUAGAUUACUGAAUAAGA